AUUCCAUUUCUUUUCUUUUCUUUUUCAUUUCUUACUGUUUUACUUUAUACUUUAUUCUUUAUUUUUUAUUUUUAUUUUUUAUUUUUUUUUAUCUUAAAAAAGAUGCCUCGAGAUAAACCGAAACGUUGGGAAACUCAAGAUACAAUUAAAGUCCUUAAUUAUCUCAAUGAUAAUUUUGAACUUUGGUAUAAAAGUCCUUUCGUUGCAUGUGUUAAAGCAAUAGAAGCAACUAAUAUAAUUCGAGACGGAAAACAAGUUUAUAAUAAAGUUCAUGGUUUGGUUCAGGAUAUGGAAAAAUUUCUCGAUACCGGCAAAAAAGCAAAUAAUUCUGCCGUUAUUUGGGAAAAUGAAGAAAUUCAUAGUUUGGUAAGAGCAAUGUGUGUGAAAUCCAGAGAAAAAAAGAGAAAUGAAAAUCAAGAAACUUCAAGUCGUAUGAGUGACGGUGAUGUUGAAAUGAACAUCGAUCAAAUAACGGUAUCAUCUGAGGAAUCUACUAAUCAAAAUGACACAAAUAGGAACAUUCCUAAAUUAUCUUUUACUGUUGAAGAGGUUAAUAAUGUUUAUAAUGAAAAAAUUAAGAAAUUUGAAAAACUUCGAGCCGAACUUAUCGAGUCUAUUGAGAUUGCCAAUAAAAAAUUUGAUGAUUUUAAAAAAUUUCAAUGAUUUAAUUGGAGCAUAGUAAAUGAUUUCAAAUAUAUAUGCGACGUAUCACGCAUAUCAUUUGUAAGUUUAAUUAUUAUUUAGUUAAGGUUGGGCAAAUUAAGGUGCCCAAAGAAUUAAAAGAAUUUUUAAGAUAUUUGUACCAAUAUUCUUUCCUGUAUAGUUUAAUUGUUCGUUUGGAUAUUGACAUUUGAAAAUUCUUCGAUUCUUUAGAUUCUUAGCUUAAGAACGAUACUCAUUUAAUUGUAUCCCUAAAAACAUUACAUCCUACGUUUUGAUUAAUAUUAUUCUGUACAAAAUUUUAUAUUAAAUCAAGAUUUUAAUUAAUAAAAAAAUAUGUGUAUAUUCAAU